GUGCGAAAGCGAGGCAUAACAUUCACCUAGACAGCUCACUGGAUUCCUUGGCGAUUCGCCCUAUCAUCUAAUGUUAUUCCUAUAACUACGUAGAUUUGAGGGAAUGACUUACUACUUACAAAAAGCUCAACAUUGCCACUAGUUGAAAAAUUAAACCAGCCUCCUAAAGUGUAUGUUCUUCAACAGCUUACGGUAAAGGUUGAUGUGACAACCCUACCCAGACACAACUCAUCAACUGGCCAGACCUUAUCACAAAUGGAUGACUUGAGAAAGAAGGAUUAUUCUUUAUAACGCCUCGGAAAACUAGGAUUCCUAUUGUUUUCCUUCAUCUGAAGUUUAGUAAAGAAUAAUUAUGGCAGACGUUGACCCAGAGACGCUUUUGGAAUGGCUACAAAUGGGCCAGGGAGAUGAACGCGAUAUGCAACUGAUCGCAUUAGAACAACUGUGUAUGUUGCUUCUGAUGUCAGAUAAUGUGGACAGAUGCUUCGAAAGCUGCCCACCGCGCACAUUCUUACCUGCUCUUUGCCGCAUCUUCUUGGAUGAAUGUGCACCAGACAAUGUGUUGGAAGUCACAGCUCGUGCCAUUACGUACUACCUGGAUGUUUCUGCGGAAUGCACCCGACGUAUUGUAGCAGUGGAGGGGGCAGUGAAGGCCUUGUGCAAUCGCCUGGUUGUGGCUGAGAUGUCAUCUCGAACAAGCAAGGAUCUUGCAGAGCAGUGCAUCAAGGUGCUGGAGCUGAUCUGUACUAGAGAGUCUGGUGCCGUGUUUGAUGCUGGAGGACUGAACUGUGUGUUGACAUUUAUACGAGAGCACGGUUCACAGGUCCAUAAAGAUACUCUACACUCAGCUAUGAGUGUAGUGUCCAGACUUUGUGGGAAGAUGGAACCACAAGAUUCAUCACUGGAGAAUUGUGUGGAGUCACUGUCCACUCUCCUUCAGCAUGAUGAUCAGUUUGUGGCAGAUGGAGCUUUGAGAUGCUUUGCUUCAUUGGCUGAUCGAUUUACUCGCCGUUCAGUGGACCCUGCCCCUCUAGCCAAGCAUGGACUUAUCCAGGAGUUGUUAUCUCGCCUUCAUAAGGUAGGGGAUGUUGGCCCCAGCACAUCUCUCUCAGGGACGCCAAGCAAGCCUGGAAUCACAUCUGAAUCCAAAGGAAGCACAAGCAUUUCAACUGUAAUUUCCUUGCUGUCAACGCUGUGUCGUGGUUCUCCUACUGUUACCCAUGACCUAUUGCGUUCACAGCUUCCAGAUGCUGUUGAGAGUGGUCUGCGUGGUGAUGAGAGAUGCUGCCUUGAUACCAUGCGAUUGGUGGAUCUUUUGCUGGUACUUCUUUUUGAAGGCCGCAAAGCUCUUCCUAAGUCUGGCAGCUCUGCUAUCACUAGUCGCCUUCCUGGUUUGCGACGAACAGACAGCACUGGGGAUCGCUCUCACAGACAGUUGAUUGACUGUAUCCGCAGUAAAGAUACUGAUGCUCUGAUUGAUGCAAUUGAUAAUGGUUUUGAAGUCAACUUUAUGGAUGAUGUUGGACAGACACUUCUCAACUGGGCAUCUGCUUUUGGAACUCAAGAAAUGGUUGAAUUCCUGUGUGAACGUGGGGCAGAUGUAAAUCGUGGUUUACGCUCUUCUUCUCUUCACUAUGCUGCCUGCUUUGGGCGACCACAGAUAGUGAAGACGCUGCUUUCCUAUGGUGCCAACCCUGAUCUCCGAGAUGAAGAUGGCAAAACUCCACUGGAUAAAGCACGAGAAAGAGGGGAUGAGGGACACCGAGAGGUUAUUGCUAUCCUACAGUCUCCAGGAGAGUGGAUGGUUCCCGUUAACCGUGAGGCUACCCAAGCAGAGACAGACAAGGAGAAGAAGGAGGAAAACAACGAAGCAGAAAAAUCAGAAACAAGUGAACCAAAAGGGGAUCCUGAAAUGGCUCCUAUCUAUGUACGCCAGUUACUGCCAAUUUUCACAGACGUCUUUCAUUCCUCUAUGCUGGCAUCUGUCAGAAAAGCAAGCCUGUCACUGGUGCGCAAGAUGGUCCAUUACAUGGAUGCAUCUUUGCUGACAGAGAUGUGUGGCCCAGAGUUCUCACAUCCAUACUUUGCUUCCUCCCUCACUGAGGUCCUAAGUCUUGUGCUGGAUGCAGAGGAGGAUGAUGAUGGUCAUCUUACUGUACUCAACGUGAUGCAAGAUCUCAUGGAAAAGGCUCGCAGCAUUUUUCUUGAGCACUUUGCUCGACUAGGUCUCUUUGCUCGUGUAGCAGCACUUGCAGGCCCCAUGGCACAGGAAGAAGAGGGAGCUAAGGCAAAGGAGGAAAAGGAGGAGGAGGAGACUGUGUUAGAAGAUGCCACAGAAAUUUCCCAAGGCAAGCCCUACCACUGGCGAGACUGGUGCCUAGUUCGGGGUCGCGAUUGCCUGUACCUUUGGAGUGAUGCUGCUGCCCUAGAACUGUCCAACGGUAGCAAUGGGUGGUUCCGUUUUAUCCUGGAUGGAAAGCUGGCAACCAUGUACUCCAGUGGCAGCCCUGAAGGAGGUUCUGAUAGCUCAGAAAAUCGUGGUGAGUUUCUUGAGAAGCUUCAAAGAGCACGAAGCCAGAUCAAAGUCGGAACUGCCAGUCAGCCUAUUCUGACAAAUCCAUCAUAUACACGCCUUGUGGUCGGAAACUGGUCAUUGUCGUGCAAGCGUGCAGGCGAGCUGCAGAUACAUAACUCAGAUGGACAGCAAGCAACCAUUCUGCGAGAAGACCUAAUGGGAUUCAUCUUUGAGUCAAACAGAGGUACCAAGCAUUCUUUCACGGCUGAGACCUCAUUAGGCCCAGAAUUUGCAGUGGGCUGGGGUGGAAAGAAAAGCCGAAAACUGCGCUCCAAAUCUGAUGCUGCUCGUAUUAAGGUAAAGCAUCUAGCCCAUGAGUUGUAUGAUGGAUACUUUCGACUAGCAGAAGCAACCCCACGAGGAGUUGUAGCUAAGCUGAGCGGUAUUGUACAGCAGUUGGACUCUGCUCUAGCACGGCAGAUCAGCCAGUUGAAGUCUCCAGAUGGGGAAGUAACCUGGGCUCAAGAAAUGCAUAGUGCUUUGGAAGAACUUGUUGGCUUGCUUAAAGAUGAACACACCAUCUCUUCAUAUGAACUAGCCAACAGUGGUCUUGUGAAGACUCUUCUUGACAUACUCAGCAACAAUUGUGAAGAGCUUUCAUACAAGGAAAGCAAAAAGAGAACAAAGAACAGGAUAAACAUCUUCAAGAGUGUCUUCCGUGAAAAGGACAGUGGAGCUCCAGCUGUGGAGCUGACUCGUAAACUCAUAUCAGCUCUUGAAGCCACAGAAAAACUACCAGUCUAUACCUACGAUUUACCAGGCUCUGGUUAUGGACUUCAGAUUUUGACAAGGCGCUUGCGUUUCAGACUUGAGAGGGCUCCAGGUGAGACAACUCUGAUAGACAGGACAGGGAAGUGUUUGAAGAUGGAGCCACUAACUACCAUUGCAGAUCUGGAAAAAUACCUUCAGAAAAUGGUCGCAAAACAGUGGUAUGAUUUUGAACGGCAGACUUUCAACUUUGUCAAAAUUUUGAAAGAAUCUGACACGCCUUUGGGUUUUACACACCAGACAGAUUUUGAUGAAAAUGGUCUUUUGUACUGGGUUGGAACAAAUGGAAAACUAGUUUCAGAGUGGGUAAAUCCAGCACAGUAUGGCUUGGUGGUUGUGACCUCAUCAGAAGGUCGUAGUUUGCCUUAUGGAAAACUGGAGGACAUCCUUAGCCGUGAGUCAGCAGCUCUUAACUGCCACACCAAUGAUGAUAAGAAAGCCUGGUUUGCCAUCGAUCUGGGGGUUUGGCUGAUCCCUACCUGCUACACUUUGAGGCAUGCCAGGGGUUAUGGCAAAUCUGCUCUGAGAAACUGGCAAUUCCAAGUCUCAAAAGAUGGGAUGACAUGGACAACACUCUACAACCAUGAGAAUGACUGCUCUCUCAACGAACCAGGUUCCACUAUGACUUGGCCCAUAGAAACAGAUGCAGAUGAAACGCAGGGUUGGCGCCAUAUACGCCUGCAGCAGAUGGGAAAGAAUGCUAGUGGCCAAACACACUAUCUGUCUCUCUCAGGGUUUGAAAUCUAUGGCACUGUGACAGGUGUAUGCGACGACAUAGGGAAAGCAGCACGUGAAGCAGAGGCCACAUUGCGCAGACAGCGACGGGUGCUGCGUACACAGGUCUUGAAGCAGAUGGUGCCUGGAGCAAGAGUUGUGCGUGGAAUGGACUGGAAAUGGCGAGAUCAGGAUGGCAAUCCUGCAGGUGAAGGGACUGUGACGGGGGAACUUCGCAAUGGCUGGGUGGACGUGACAUGGGAUGCAGGGGGUUCCAAUUCAUACCGCAUGGGUGCUGAAGGGAAAUUUGAUCUGGCACUGGCUCCUUCCCAUGACCAGGAGAAGCUGCGUGUAGCCAAAGCAGAAGGGGGCGCUGCUGUGGUUUCUAAGCAUAAGAGUGCUGCCUCAUCAUCCGACAGAGUCAAGGUGAGUGUCUUGACCAGCCGCAAGAGUAGUUCUACACCCAGUCUGAGUGAUGUCAAUGACACGCACUCUGUGGCCAGCACAGAGCAAGCCUCCUCAGCAGAGAACCUCACCUCCAGUGUCAGGGCUAUGGCUCAGGGUGUAGCAGAACGUGUGGCCAUGGUGAGUUUGACUGAACCAGACCCCAUUGUUACUGUCACCCUGAACCCUGCUGAGGAGCGUACCACCAGUAGCGCCACAUUGAGCAGCGAGCCAGUUGUAGUUGUGCACCGUGAGCAUGACAACACUCCUCCAUCUUUGCCCACAUCCACACCAGUGACCCUGGCCAUCACCUCCACUCACUCUGGAACAAGUGCAUCGACAUCACUGUCCACCACUGCUUGUGCCAGCACAUCCACUAAUGUCAGCAUGACUCUGGGCAGCAGGGCACAGCUGGGCCUCUUCAGUGCAGCGGCACUGCUGGGGGCAGAGGGGGGCUUGAGCAGCACCGAAGGGGGCAUCAGGGAGCAGAUUCACAACCGACAGAACGCAAGGGACCGAGCAGCUAAAGCCACUGAAAAUAAAAAGAGUGGAGGUGAUAAUCAGACACGUGGCUCCCCUACUAACCUGAUGAGUGUGAGUGUGCCAAACUUGACUACCUCCAUGGAACAAACAGUCACCCUCUUGGACACAUUUGCAGCUGUGGCCCGUCGUAAUCUGGCCAGCAGCCAUGCCAGCAACAUGCCUCGCAAUGCCAACACAAGCAGCCUUGUGCGCAUGGCUCUCUCCAACUCACCAAAUAAUCUGCUGAGUACAGCUCAGAGCUAUCCCAGCUUGACCAACUCCAGUGUACCAACUUCCAACACCCUGACCACCACCCAGACCAUGGCCAACGUCACCUCACUGCUUAGCCAGGCUCUGACACGCAGCCUGCCUUCAACGUCCAGCGAGAGUGACAAUGAGUUCCUGGACCGGUGUCGGGCUACCACACUCCUCGCUGAGCUUGAGGAUGAAGAAGACCUUCCUGAACCUGACGAGGAUGAUGAUGAGAAUGAAGAUGAGAAUGAAGACGAUGACGACUAUGAGGACGUGAUGGAAGAGGAGGAGCUGGAUGCCCGUGACCGCAGGUCUUGGGAUGAUGAUUUCGUGCUGAAACGCCAGUUUUCUGCACUUAUCCCAGCCUUCGACCCCAGACCAGGCCGCACCAAUGUAAACCAAAUACAGGACUUUGAGAUACCUCCACUGGGAAUGGCACCACCAGUGACAACCCAGGGAGGAGAAACAGCCUGCACCCCAAAACUUAUGUUGUCAUUGAGAGCACCAUGUCUACCUGGGAUGGGGGAGGAGGAAAUAGUGCUUGAGGGCAGCAAUGUCUGCAUCUUUCGCUAUGUGCAACGGCUUCUCGCCAUGGGAGCAUCUGCUGGGCGUAGUGAACGCUUGCGACGCAUCUGGGAACCUACCUACAUCAUCUUGUAUCGUGAGGCCAGGUCAACAGAAAGUAAAGACCAAGAGGAGAAGAGCAAGAAGGAGUGGCUGAACAUGUCCAGUCAAGUUCUUGGUGAAACUGAACCUGGAAGGCCAGGUGACCGUAGUUUCUGCUCUGUACAGAACCUGCUGCAGCUCCUGCAAACCCUAUAUGCAAUCAUGGAACAGUCUACUCCCUCUUCUUUUAGAAAUGAUUCAAGUGAAAUUCAUUUAAACAUUCCAGCAGAUGAAUUUGUCAGCAAAAAGAUCACCAACAAGCUUGUGCAGCAAAUACAGGACCCACUGGUAUUGUCUAGCAAUGCUUUGCCUGACUGGUGUGAACAUCUCACGCGCUGGUGCCCUAUGCUGUUUCCUUUUGAAAUCCGGCAACUGUUCUUUAGCUGCACAGCUUUUGGAACAUCAAGGUCUAUAGUGUGGCUGCAGAAUAAACGAGAUGCCAACAUAGAGCGCAAUCGUGGUCCACUUCCUCGACGGGAGGAGACCCACGAGUUCCGUGUAGGUCGCCUGAAACAUGAGCGUGUGAUGGUGCCACGUGGUCACUCGCUUAUGGACUGGGGCGUGCAAGUCAUGCGUUACCAUGGAAUCCGUAAAGCUGUGCUCGAAAUAGAGUUCAAAGGAGAAGAAGGCACAGGCCUUGGCCCAACUUUAGAAUUCUAUGCUUUGGUUGCUGCCGAGCUCCAGCGCAAAUCCCUAGGGCUGUGGCUUUGUGAUGAUGAUAACCACGACACCCUGGAGCGAGAGGUGGACAUUGGCCAUGGAAAUAAGCCUCCAGGUUAUUAUGUGCAACGAGCAGGUGGGCUUUUCCCAGCUCCUUAUCCCCAGACGGACCAGAUGGACAAAGUGGAGUCCAUGUUUGAGUUUAUAGGCACACUCUUGGCUAAAUGCCUGCAGGAUGGCCGGCUCAUUGACUUGCCUCUCUCCCGCCCUUUCCUCAAGCUGCUUUGCAUGGGGGAGGUGGGAUAUGGACUCACUCGCCAGUUCACCUUUUCCAGCAUAGAGGGCAGCACUAGUGGUAGUGGUAUUGGCUUGGGUGUGGACAUGGGACGCAGUCUUGGGACAGACACGCUGACAGAAUCAUGGCAGAGUGAAAACAGCAACAUGGAACUCAUCGCUAGCAUCCAGGAGAUUGAGAAGGAGAUGAAGCAUGACUCUGACCUCUCUCGACAGCCCAGGCAGCAACCUGCAUGGUAUUCAGGAAUUUUGACAGAAGAAGACUUUGAGCUAGUCAACCCACACCGUGCUGCUUUCCUGCAACAGCUGAAAGAGCUUUCAGCCCGUAAACAGCGCAUACUCCGUGACAAAACGCUGUCGGAGGACCAGAAAAAUAUACAGCUGGAACAGUUGGCCCUGCCCAACCCUCAUGACCCCAGCACAUCAGUGAGACUGGAAGACCUGGGGCUGACUUUCCAGUUCAACCCUCCUUCUCGCAUCUACAACUUCACAGCUUAUGACCUGAAAGCAGAUGGCGAAAAUGAGAUGGUUACACUGGAGAAUAUAGAAGAGUACAUAGAACUGGUGAUGGAUUUCUGUCUCAAUACUGGUAUCAGACGUCAGAUGGAUGCUUUCAAAGUGGGUUUUGACAGAGUCUUCCCUCUGGAGAAAUUGCACCUGUUCAGCCCCAUGGAGCUUGGCAGCAUACUCUGUGGUGACCAGGCCCCCAGCUGGACGAAAGAAGACAUCCUCAACUAUACAGAGCCCAAGCUUGGGUACACACGUGAGAGCCCUGGUUUCCUGCGCUUUGUGAAUGUACUGAGUCAUCUAACAGCAGAUGAACGCAAAGCUUUUCUGCAGUUCACGACAGGCUGUUCCUCCCUGCCUCCUGGUGGCUUAGCUAACCUUUACCCUCGUCUCACCGUAGUUCGUAAAGUGGAUGGAAAUGAUUACAGCUAUCCAUCGGUCAACACAUGCGUGCACUACUUGAAGCUUCCAGAGUAUUCGUCAGAAGAAAUCCUGCGUCAACGCUUGCUUGCUGCUACACAUGAAAAAGGCUUUCACCUUAACUAGUCCCAGAAAAAUCAUCCGCCCAGAAUGAAAAAAAGAGAGAGAGUGCCCAAAGUGUGUGCAAGAUGUGUCAGUGUACAGCUAGGAGCCAGUACAGCACUAUCAAGAGAGAGUGUGCAAAUGCACAUCUGUAAAUGUGUGUGUUGAAAGUGCAUGUGCACUUAAUCCCUGACUGGAAGUGCAUUAGCAAUCAAAAUCACAGGCAUUGCAAUCUCAGCAGAAUGGUGACCUGGUGGCCUUUUUCAUUAAGUCAAAGGACCUGACUUACUUUUAUUUAUUUUAUUUGUUUAUUCAGCCGUAGCAGCUUUUCCCCCCCUGCACGUGCCCUUGUUUCCUUUGUUGUAAGAAUUGUGAUGCUGCAGCUACUUUGUGCCUGUAUCCAGGAAAUGGGUGGGGGUGGGGUGAGAAAAGAGCAUAAUGUGUGUGAAGAUGUGAGACCAAGUUGUAAUUUAGCUGAAUGCAGCAAAACUGUGCCUCUAUUUAUCUCAUCAUUUUCUGAAUGGAAUGUUACUUUUUUUAUGAGUGACUUAUAAGGGGAAAAGUAUCAUUACCAAAUAUGCAUUAUGUUCACCUGGGGGAGGUCAAGAUCAGAAGUUGACAGAACUGUAGAAUUAUCCCAAAACAUUGCAUGACCUUUGCGAGGCAAAAUCUAUGUCACAAGAUUUUGAAAAAAAAAAACCCCAAGAAAAUCCUAUGCCCUCUGUCCAGCUAAGAGUGAAGUUGGUGUUAAAGUAGUAAUGUGUAUAGAAGCUAAUAGAAGCUUUGAACAUUUUGUGUGGAAAACUUUUUUUUGAAGUCUUCUGAAUGCCUUUGUCUGAAAAGCAUCAGUAAGGAGCAUGUCAUGGAUGACCAAGCGACAGAAUGUUGCCAAAAUGUAAUGCAUGCAAACAUGCCAACUCUUUAUAAUGAUAUUUGUAACACCCUCUGUGGGACUUACAGUAAUAAAGUAUUUAAAAUUUUGCCGUUAUUUUUUCAAAAGGAGAAUAUGAUGUGCUUUUGUUUGUAUUAAAAUAAUUUACAGGAUGUGAAUGUGGAUACAUUUGUACUUUAAAUAGUGAGGUAAAUAUGUGCCAAGGAGAAUGACAUUGGUAUAAAAACGUAGGUACAUUUGCGUUUAAAACAAAAUGUUAGAACAUUUGUUCAGUGACAGAUGAAUGUGAUGUGUAAUGUAGGUACGUUUGUACUUUUUUAAAUGAUGGCUUAGGUAUACUUAAACUAGAAAAUGAGUAAUAUUGUUGCCUGCAUAUUACGACUUGCUUUUUUCUUGUCUUCGUGGUUAUUUUAGGCCGAGUGAACAGAAUGCAUAUGUAGUGAUUAGAUGCGAUGCAAUUGUACCAAAGGCUUUGGCUCAUGCAUGAUUUUGGUGCAUUUGUACCAAUUUUAGUCUGUAAAAUCUGUAAAACAUACUUUAGUUGUACAGUGUUGCAGUUGUUGCACAUAUUUAUACCACAUACCAUGUGACUGAGGUGCCUUUGUGCUUCCAACCUAUUUUUAUUACCACCUGACUGGGAAUGCGGCCCUGCCUUGUGUCCCAGUCCAAGAUCUCCACUAGCCGCUCGUGAAAGGAGUGGCGAGGCACCACGAACUUGUGAGUGAGAAACAAUUUGGGUGGCGGCAGCAGAUGGUAGAUGCUUUUGCUCACUCACAAACGAUACCCUGUCAAUGCCGUACAAAUUUGCUCGGCCUAGAAGAUUAAUUUGGAGACGCCGGUAACGCCAUGGGUAAAAUAGACAUGCUUCAGAACAACAUUCAUGAAGUAGUCUAUGAAUUUCUUGUACACUAGACGACUGUUCCUGAUCAGAAUCGGAUAAGGUGGGAUUCUGCAUGGGUACCAACCUCGCGCGCACACACAUCAGCACGCUGCAUUACUUAAAAGAUUGUGUAUUUACCAAUUUCAAUUUUUCGGUCCUGUUGUUAAUGAACAAAUGCUGUACAGAUUUUCAUGCCUUCCAGCUGAAUGUACAAAUAAGGACGAAAAAUGGCGCUUGACUUAAUAAAAUUAAAAUAAACUGCA